AAAAAAAAGAAGAUUACAAUUUUUUUAUUUAUUUAUUUUUUUAUUUUGAUUUUGAAUAAUUGUAAAAAUGAAACUAUUUUGCAUUGUCUUUUUGAUUGCACUAUUUGCAAUUUGGACAUAUGGAGAAUCACUGACAUGCGAUCAGUGUGGACGUGAAUGUGUUACAAGUUGUGGUACUCGUCAAUUUCGUGCAUGUUGCUUCAAUAAUUUGAAGAAACGUGUGCCAAAUCUUGGAUUAAAAGUUUGGCUAAGUCCAAUGAGAGAUAAUGGACAUCUUAAACUUGUUUAUGACGUAUAAAAUAUAUUCAUCUUCAAUAUUCUUGACCAUGUAUUAACGAUAUAAUUGAAAAUGAUUUGCAACA